AUGAAUCAACAGAAGAGAGAAAGAAGAAGUUCAUCGAUUAAAAAAUUUGGUUUUUAUGCCAAUAGAGAUUACACGAAUAAAUCUGUUUAAAAGAGGAUUUAAUACAAUAUCAAUCGAAAAUAAAAAAAGAAAAAUAAGUAGAAGGAGUAAUAGGGUAAAAGCCAAUCCUUUUCUUAAUUUACUUAAGAAGAGGAUGACCGAAUCCUUAAAUUAGUUCAUGAUUUAGGACCUAAAUUCAUGAAAAUUGCUCCAUUCUUUCCUAACAAAUCAUAUAGUAUGGUAAAAAAUAGGUAUUACAAACACUUGAGAGAUAAACAAAAAGACAUAUGCAAAAUGUAAUUUAAAAUAUAUAUCUUAGGGGUUGUGAUAUAAAAAUUGAAUAAGAAACUAUGUCUUAAAAACCUAAUGAAAAACUUGAUGAAUUAAAUUAGCUAAUUCAUUCUAUUAAUCUAUCUCCAGAAAUCAUUUCCUUAACUGAAACCUUCCUCUAGCACAUUCAGAAGUGUCUAACUUGA